CCCCCCCGUCUCGCCCUUUCCUCUCGCCCCGCCAAGCCAACCAGUGCGCGCCGCUGGAGUCGCCUCGCUGAUGGCCACUGAGACCAUCCAGGCUCCGGCUCCGGCCAUGCCGGCCGUGCCGGGGCGGGCCGCCGCAGGCGGUGCCGGCGGGAACGGCAGGGCGGGCCUGCCGCCGCCGCGGAGGGGCCAGAUCAAGGGGCGGAUCCUCAAGGACGUCGUGGCCGCGGUCACCGCCAUGGCCGCGGGCCUCGUCAAGAACGCCCGCGCCGGCGCCGGUGCCGGAGGCCUCCCCGCCUCCGAAGAAACCGGCGAGAAGUGAAACAGCCGAUCCUAGAAGCUGAAGAAGGACCCGCUUGCGUGUUCUCUCUUCCGUCAGUCCGACUCCGACGCCGCUCCCUCUGCUGCUAUCAUGCGCUCGUUUUAGUGCGCGCAGCAGAGGACCCGGGGGGCCAAAAAUUACUACGAAGCUCUCGUGAUUUCUCGUUUCUGCACUUGUUCCUGUCGAUCACGGAUGGAUCGGUUGCCGUAUUAGAGCUCGCGCUGAUCCAUCCGUCAUCCGUGGUCUGGUUUAGCUGGUCUGUGGUUCUUGUCCUGCCCAUGGUUUUUGUUUUGGGUUUCAGCUGCUGCUUUCAGGAGGUUACUGAGUUUUUUAAGAAAGAACCUCCUGCGGCUGCUGCUGUUCAGUCUUUAGCAAGUUUGUUCUGUUUGCUGGUGUUUGGUUGUAUAAGGUGUAGGAGGGAUCAGCGACUAUUAGGUCUGGUCCUUCCUUUUCUGUGUCACUAUUACCAACCCCUGCGUGGUGUAACUUUGCUUACUAUCUUGUCGAAUAAAUAGAGCUUCUUGUGUGAAA